UUCUCGCGCUGCGAGCGUCAAGUGCAGUUGUCUCCACGUCGCUCUCACCAAAGUUUCGCGCGAAAGUUUUCACGUAAAUAAAAGUGACAAGAUAAUUUUACAAUAGUGUCAAAACAGUGUUUGUAUUAUUAAGAUUUGUGUUAAAGUGCGCCUUCCGACUUAUGACCGACAUUUCGAUUUGUAUAACGCCAAGCAAUGUCGCCAACGUAAACACAAACGAAAAACAAUGUGAAAAUAUGAAUUGACCACAUGAUUUCAACAACCAACUACACACACACAGUGACACAUGUAAACACACUACAAUACGACUGUAGAAACAUAACAUAUAACUACAAAAAUGCAACACAUAACUGCACCUUCGAAACUGGUGAAGAAUACGACCAUCACGGCUUUGGGAAGACGAACUUCUCCAAUGCGACAUACGCGAUGUCGAACGACAAUUUUACGGAGUACGCAGAAAUUCCAUAUUACAUAAAAGCGACUUCUAUGACUUUCUGUAUAGUGAUAAUGUGUCUUGGUGUGAUAGGGAAUGUGAUGGUCCCAAUAGUGAUACUAAAGACUAAGGAUAUGAGGAAUUCGACGAACAUUUUUCUGGUGAACUUGAGCAUUGCGGAUUUGAUGGUCCUGUUGGUGUGUACGCCGACUGUGCUGGUCGAGGUCAACUCGAAGCCGGAGACUUGGGUACUUGGGAAGGAGUUAUGUCUGGCAGUACCCUUCGUGGAGCUGACAGUGACCCACGCAUCAGUGCUCACGAUCCUAGCCAUCAGCUUCGAGCGGUACUACGCGAUCUGCGAACCCUUGCGAGCUGGGUACGUCUGCACGAAGACGAGAGCAACCCUCAUUUGCGCGCUGGUGUGGUUCUUCGCAGCUCUGUUUACCAGUCCAAUCCUGGCCAUCGCCGAGCACCACACGAUCACUCGCGGUGACGGCUCCGCUUACACCCAGUGCCUCACUCAGGCCGUCACCUACUGGCAGAUCACAUUCUUCAUCGCUAUCAUCAUUCUUCUCUACGUUCUACCUCUUAUCAUCCUCAUAGUAUUAUACAGCGUUAUAGCCAAAAAUCUCAUCACGGCCGCUUCUAAAGUAGUCAUGAACAAAACUGUUGAUCCGUACAACACUAGAGCUAGGAAACAAGUUAUUUUAAUGCUUGGAACUGUUGUGCUAUGUUUCUUUUUAUGUCUCAUGCCUUAUAGGGCUUUAACUCUAUGGAUCAUCAUCACACCCGCCGAAUUCUACGAUGAUGUCAGCCCAGAAAAGUGGUACAACAUACUUUAUUUCGCAAGAGUCAUGCUUUACAUAAAUUCGGCAAUCAAUCCUAUACUUUACAAUUUAAUGUCUUCGAAGUUUCGUAUCGGGUUUUGUAAAGUAUGCGUGUGUUAUAAAAGAAAGUUAGAAGAUAAGACGAGGAGAGCUCAGAGGACUAUUACAAACGGAUCCACAACGAGUAGCAGUUUGACACGAACUACAAACAGUUUGAAGAAACUUUUCAGUCAGCGAAGCAGUAUCGACCGCACUGACACUGAAUCUGAGAGUAAAGAAGAAAUAGAAAAAGGUCUAUUCGAUAGAAUAUUUACAAACAAAACAUUUGUAAGACAGCAAUCGGCUCCCGUUUGCUCAAACACGAAUACAAAGCCGAUUAUAAACAGGAUGAGGAGUGAAGGAAACAUUGAGAUAACCGAAGUAGUUGACGUAGAACAUAAAAUUGAUCCAAUAGAUAGUAGCAAGUUUAUCGGUCAUUCCAAUAGUAAAAAUAUUAGGUCAGACAGUGACGUGGACAAUUCGGUAAGAAGUCACUCUUUGAGACGGAGUGUCUUGAUCAACAGUGCCAAAGCAAGAAGUAUGGAUUGCGAGAAGAAGGUGUCUUAUCAAAAAGUCAAAGUGGAUUGCGUUGUGGCUUUUCAGAAGUCAAAAAGUGUCCCCAUCCUUGCCGUGGCUACCUUCACGUAUGAAGAUUAUGAGGAUGGCACCCAGGUCCCCGUCUGCCUCACGCAGGCCGACACCUUCUGGUCAGCUCUCUUCUUCAUCCUGACCAUCGCAGUCUUCUUCAUCGUGCCUCUCGGCGUGCUUCUAGUCCUCUACAGCGUCAUUGCCAAGAACCUCAUGGAAAACCCCGUCAUUAUAGCACAGAAUACUAAGAAUACUAAUAACACAGGCAAUGUUGUACGUUACAGAAAGCAGGUCAUUCUCAUGCUUGGAACAGUAGUUCUAUCAUUCUUCCUCUGUCUCCUCCCCUUCAAAGCCCUCACGCUAUGGAUCAUCGUAUUCCCACCAGAGACAAUAAUGUCAUUAGGUAUAGAUGGUUACUAUAUACUUUUGUAUUUUUGUAGAGUAAUGCUGUACUUAAAUUCGGCGAUAAAUCCAAUAUUAUACAAUUUGAUGUCGUCCAAGUUUAGGGAAGGAUUCGUCAAGCUGUUAAAGAUAAAUAAGUUGAUGAGGUGUAGCCGAACAUUGAGGGAAACGAUGCAGAGACGUGACACGUUCAACACUACCACUUCUACUGGAUUCUCCAGCAGUCAGAAUACUUCCGACUCAUUUUGGAGAAGAUAUAGUAAUAGGACAUCUUCUCAAAAAAUUUUCGUCAACAGAGAAAGUAAAAAAGUCAAAGAAGAAGUUCAACAAAUGAAAGUAGGUGAAAUUAUAAACGUGGAGAACACUAGACGUAAUAGUAUGAAAAUGAUAGCAGCUAUUAAUGAGACAGAUAACGAGACAUACGCCGACGUACACGAUAAUCAUUAUUCUAAUGAACUAGCGAUAGACACUGCCAAUGAGAACAAUAAACAGAUACAAAUACUGAACCUAGAUGUUAAAACUAACAAUGUGUAUUCAAUAACUUUAGACGUAAGCGAUUCUGUGGAGGGUAGAAAUAAGUUCGUUUGUAUACCAACACUUGAUAGAGAGAAUAAUAUAUUUAUAUACGAUUACAGAACUAAGGAGAGCUUUGUAUGAAAUGUUUUGUUUGAUAAUGUAUUUGGCUGGGAGCCAGACUAUUAUGUGCAUUUACUUAGGCAAACCUUGUAUGACGAUUGAAUGUUACAUCACUGGUCUUAGAUUAUAUUGUAAUAAUCCUACCAUCCUUCUUAAUUCUGACAUGACAAAG